CACAGAUCAUGUGAUUUAAUUUCCAUAUUCUUUGUCGCCGAAACCGUUAUUCGUUAUUCUUUUAUGAACUCUAUUUUAUUCUUAUUCUCAAUCAUCAUUUCGCUCCUUAGAUAUCAAAAAGACAAUGCAAAAUUCAAUCAAAUAUUCACUCCUUAUUAGAUUUUGCAAGUUUAGACCCUUCAAAUCUUAAUUUUACGAUGAGGGCUCAUUUCGAUUACAACAGCUAUAAUUUGUUUGGCCUUUCUCUCCUUUUCUACAGUCUUGCAACUCAUUCUUAUUGCUGAUUGAUGCAACAACACCAUAGAGAUAUCCCGGGUCUAAUCAACAACAUACCCCUUUAUUUCGCUUCCCCUGUUCAAGCCAACCCUGACGGUUUUUUUGUUCCCGCCAAUUUGAAAAGGGCCGCUUUACCCGAUCUUAUACCUGCAAGUCACAAAAACCCGAUCAUGGGCCCGGGUGGUUACCCGUUUUCUUAUCCCCCGGUGGAUAAUAAGGCAACGCUCAAAUUGUCUGUCGACGAAGGCACUAGAAACACCUAUCCUCUAUUACAGCCUCCAUUUGACCUUUCACGUCAGCUUCAAACGGCUCUACUCAAGCCAAAAGUCAUGCCCUUUCCCGGAAUUGCAGACAAUGAGAUGGUCCAAAAACUGGCCCAACUUCAAAAUGUCUUCAAUGACCCAAAACAAACUCAACAGUAUUUCCAAAAUUCUGGAACCGAAUAUGACGACGAUAAAGGCGUGGCGGAUGAUAUUGGCCGAGGUUCUGAGGAAAGAAGGGAAAGAUUUCUGCUUUCCCUGGCCGCUUUGCAUAGGCAACAACAGCAGCAACAAUUCUAUCUGCAGCAACAGCAGCAACAACAACAAAGCCUACUUCUUUCCUCCCUAAUGUACUCCCAUACGAAUCCCAAUUACUUCUAUCCACCCCUCUUACCACCUCAUCAUCCAUACUUCUUCAACCCCCCAACCCGGCCACCACUCCCAGUCUCUUCACCCGCCAAAACUGACAACCCAUUUCAUUUGCCCCCUCACCCUUUUUUUGCCAUACCUCCUUUCGCCCCGCCACUUUUUUCCUCCCCCACAGCUUCCCAAUAUAUAAUGAAGAGUCAAGACAAUGAAUUUACCUAUAACGGUGACUGUUCUCUUAUUAAUAAUCCUAAUAGAAUUCAAAUGGAUUAUUCCCCCAAUCAAACUUCGUCAGCUCUCGACAAAUGUCACGCUUUGGAUUUAUCUUUACCACAAUUGAAAAACGACCAAUCCAUGCAUCAUGGCAUUGAUUCUUAUCUGAAUUAUGCAAGAAAGAUUUUGACACUCCCCCCAUUGCCUAUGUCUGAUGCCUCCGAAAAAGUCAGUCGACUUAUUACGCCCGAAUCUCAACAGGCCCAACGUUCCUUCGACCUCAGACAACAGCCUUGUACAAAGAGCCUUUCGUCAUUAGAUAAUAAGCGGGCUAAACCUAAACAGGUUCAUCAGCUACCACCCAACUUCAGAUCUUCAGCUUUUUUCCCAUCGAACGUUAGCUCAUUUUCUUCUUCUCGCGGUUUGAAGGUUAACAAUCUAAUCAAUCCCAGUGCAGGAAUUAAAAACCCGAUCAAUAAUGCUUUUAAUUUGGGUAAGCCUAAUAUUUCCACUAAAAAGUUGCCGCUACCUAUGGAAGAGAACAGGUUUUCGACUUACAAGAGUUCCAUAAUAGCCGAAAUUCAAAGAUUGGACAACGCUAUUGACGCCUCAGAGAAUAGGAUAUUGGCUUUAAAUAAGGCAAAAGUUGAAAUGUCGGAAGAAAUUAAUUCUCGAUUUGCAAAAUUGUCUCGAUCAACCGUACAUAGAUCUUUGGGAGUCAAGGAAACCAGUCUUCAAGAAAUGAGAACGGAAUCGCUAAUUAUUAAUGGAUAUAGUUUAAUUCAAGGGGUUCUUUCCGAUAAUCAGAAACUUUCCCAAGAUCGUCACGACAAAAUAUCUUCCUAUCACUUAUCCCCGUCAUCUUCUACUAGUGAUGGAGAAUCUAAGACCAAUCAUACUUCCCUCACUCCUUUGACCAAUUUGAAUGCUAUAGGCCCGCGAUUUGAAUCCAAGAAUCCAUUAGUUAAAAAAAUGAUCGGCCAAUAUUUGACUAAAAAGCGUCAAGAUGACUAUAUGCAGUCUUUGAAGUACGACGAGACGUAUCAAGAAAAAUGGGACGCUUGGAACGAAUCGAUCACAAAAUUUAAGAAGAUCGCCAAGAGAAGAAAUAAAGAUUCCAAGGCUAGAGAAUUUUUCGAAAAUCAAUACCCAGAACUGAGAGACGACAGGCUGGAAAAGGAGAGACUCAAUAGGUCAUUUUCGUUAUUUCCUAAAGUUUUAACUGAGGAUUGGGACCGAAACCGAACCCCAAAAAUCCUAAGAAACCAAAACCGGAUAUGGACCCGAAAUACUAUGGGCAAUUACGCAAGGACAGAAACAGACUUGGAGGAGAUUACCAAGAGAUUGCACGAACAAGAGGAAGAGAAAAGAAGAUUGUUUAAUCUUUCGGCCCAAAUCCCCAGGCUACUCUCUUCCAUCGAUAAGGUCUGGGAAAGUCGGAUGGUUUACCUCGAUCCUUUAAGAUUCAUUCUUACCUGCAAUCAUCAUGCAAAAACUGAUAUAAAAAUUGAAACCAUUUUGGGUCACGAACUAGAUAAAAAAGAUAUCGCUAACGGUAUGGUUAUCAAAAACCUUAAGUUGGAAAUUGAGAAUAUACCACUAAGCGAUUGCAAAUUCAAUCAACGAGACGAAAUUAUCUCAAAUCCCCUAAUGGCUGAAAAAGAAGCCCUUACACAAGGUGAUAAAUUUAGAGGUUGCCUUUGUUUUGAUUACGAUGUCAAUAUAAGUGUCCGAGAUAUGGAAAUUAACCAGGGAACACUCUUGCCUUUGGAAGAGAGGGGCGUUAGGUUCGCCCACUACAAUAUUUGGACCCUGGAGGAAAGGGAAACUUUUAAGAAAUGCUACACAUCAAAUCCGAAAGAAUUCGAAACUAUAGCUCUUAGCUUGCCUAAUAAAUCUGUAAGCGAUUGCGUGUUAUUCUACUACUUGACAAAAAAGGGAGAAAAUUACAAGAAGCUUGUGAGGCGAAAGAUUGCCAAAAGACGUAAGAUAGCCGCUAACAAUAUCAACUCUAAUGGCAAGCCUCAAAAUCCGCAAACGCCCUCAAAAAAUGUCGACGACUUGGUCAAUUUAUCCAUGGACGAUAACUCACAGUGUCAUCUUAACAAUUCGACUUGCGAAGAGCUAAACGAAACAUUACAAGCUAAUAGGUUAGACCGUGUCAUUGAAAAUAUUCAAAUCAAGGAAGUUGUUUUGAAUAGCGAUAAGCUCGAGGUCGAUAAAUAUGACGGCCAGCUAAAUGCGUCGUUUAAAGAAAUGGACCAUCUUAUUAAAUCCGAGAUCAAUGUAUCCCUUAUCAAACAUGAAAUUCCUUCAAACACUGCACAUCUAGCUCGUCCCAGGAGUGCUCAGACAACCCAGAAAGUCUUCACGCCUGGCCUUGAUAAAGACCCUUACGAAUUUCGACCUGAACUUCCUUUUGACCAGUUAAAUAAAACUUAUUCUACCCACUCUUAUCACGUCACCUCCCGUCCCUCAAAGAGGUUUGCGUCUCCGCCUCUCCCUAUCUCUUCACUGCCCCAUAGAGAUGCUAAUCCUUUUAACGAAUCCUUCUUCCCGUCACUUCAGCAUUCCACCGAAAAACGUCUCAAAUUGAAUCGCCAUAUUGGCAGUAGCGAAAAUAAAAUAGACACUCUCACUUUCCACCAAGAAAGAGAAAAUUUCGUGCUUAAAACAAUGCCGACCAACGUCGAAAUCAAAACACCUUUCACCAUAUUUUCUACCUUUUCGGCAAAUGAUUCAGGUACAGAUCAAAACAAUAAAGCUAUAGACGCCUUCCUUUCGGCUCUACCUAAAGACGCUUAUGAAACUAGUUCAUCCGCUCUUAAUUCUCAAAAUAAUCCAGGGUUAGCUUACCUCGAUAAUUCCUCCGAUAGAGACCGAACCGUCGCUAUUUUGGACGCGGUCAUAGCUCAUCAAAUCAACCAAAACGUGAGAGAUGCCGAAAGCAUAGAGCUUUGGAACCCACUCAAGCACUGUUCUAGAACCAUCUAGAAAAAAUGUUUCCCCCUAUAUAGUCUCGGGUUUAAAUUGGAAUGUUCCAGAUUAUGUUUCAUGGAGAACUUUAAAAAAAAGAAUGCCCUCCACAAAUUAAAUCUUAUACUAUAUAAAUAUAUUUUAUAUCUACCCGCAGGAUAUUAAUUUUUUUUAAUAAUGUAUUUUCGUUAUUACAAUAUAUUAUAUUUGGGUUAAAAAAUUCUAAUUGUAUUUAAGUUUUAAAUUUUAUUUUUACACCAAACUAAUGCAUUAAAAACUUGAGAAGCACCCCAAUUCUAAGCCAACCGACCAUAAAUUAUAAAGGACUGUUUUUAUGCAAAUACGAUGAUGUGUAAUAUUUUUAAAAACUAACUAUCAUUAUUAUUUUUUAAAUAUAAUUUUUUUUAUUAACUGAUUGAAAAACGUGCUUUUGAUCCAAAGUAAUCUCAUAAC